AUACUGGGGUUCUGGCGCCUUGUAGUGCAAUGCAGGUUGACUAUAAACAGCUUGAGGUAUGGCUCCACGGGAAGCUGAAACCCCUAUGUGUUGCUGAUCCGAUUCCACUUUCUCAGUAUGUAAUAGCCCUGAUAAAAAAGGACAAAGGCGAGCAGGAACUAAGAGAAAUAUGUAUUGACCAAUUGGAAGUAUUCUUGCAAGAAAAUACAGCAAAGUUCGUAGAGGAUUUGUUUGCUGUACUUAAAUCAAGAACAUAUGUUGCGUGUGAAACAUUAAAACAAACUCAGUCUUCGGACAACUCUUACCCAAAGGAUUCUUCUGUAAAAAACCCUUGUGGAAAUACUUUUGAUAAUGUACCAAAAGACAGGAAAAGACAUUUGACAAACAAUAACACUAACGUUCCAAAUGCCACGGACACUUGUGCUCCCAAGCAGAAACGAAAACGCUCACCGGAGAAUAAAGCAAAAAGAAUUUCGUCAGAUAGUCGUUCACGCAGUCCCCAUUCCCCAGGAAAACCAAUAAAUAAUGCAAGUACAACUAGCAGGCAACAUGUGAAAGAACUUGAACCACAUGUAGAUUCCUGCAGUCGUGGACGUCAUAAUAACCACUCAGAAGAACCCAGCUUAAAAACAGUGGAUGGUCAUAUCAGACGCAAUUCAUCAGGUAGUUCAAAUGAAGAAGUAACCCAUUCAAAUACAAUUUCAUCGCGUCGGAAUAAGUAUAAUGAUUCAGAAUCACAUAAGUAUAACAGUCGUGAACGUAUCCACUCACGGCACAAAGAUGAGCAUAGCAAUCGUUCGUGUAAAUCUUUUGCGAAGUCUGUCACCGAUUACAGAGUAGUUGAUGAAAAGUGUCGAGCUGUAAGGAACCGUCGCUGUCGUGAUUUUGAAGAGCGUGGUUUUUGUGUAUAUGGAGACAGAUGUCAGUAUGACCACGGCCCGAAUGCUUUGGUAAUUUCGUCUGCUAAAUCUGCUGUGUCCGCCAUCGCUCAUCUCACAAACCCUCUGUUAGAUACUAAUCCACUCUCAAAUAGUACUGGGGAUUUACCAAUGAAUAUUGGAAAAGAGGCAUCAAAAUCUAGUACACUUCAGCCUCAAUCUUUUGUAGCAGCUGUUCUAUCUGGACCUACUGAACUUAACGAUUUAAAUCAACAUAUUGGUACUCCUCUUAUUCCUGUUUAUCACCCGACUCCAAUUAAUCAUCCAGAUAAUCAAAUGUUAAUGACCUGUUGCAUUGAUCAGUCAUCGGAUACUGGAAUACUUCCUCAGGUUUCUAACCCUUCUGUUUUGUAUAGUAAAUCCAAUUGGAAGCAUCCCCGUUUGCAGAAUAACAUGCAACAACGUUCUAAUAAUUUUCGCGUAUUUAACAAUGUCAACACUAUUAGUCGUAAUAUAGUUCCUUUGCCAAUGAUUCAAAAUGCUAACAAUAAAGAUCAAACCGAAAUUAAUUCAGCUCCACCUGCCUAUGAACCAGAUCGACCACAUUUGUCCAUGAUUUCGACGUCCGAGUCUAAUAUUCUACAGUCUUGCGAUACUUCAGAUGUAGAACAUAAUGCCUCUACCCCACCAUUAUCAUAUAAACCCAGUCCUAUCACUGAACAAAUCAGUUCAUAUGCUGUAGUCCCAAAAACAUCAGGAGUCACAGAUCUUUCUUUGGAUAUCACUUCUCGAAUUGUUGAUCCUCGUACUACUCUGUAUAUCGAUCGUCUUCCUUGGAAACUUAAUGAUGCGGAUAAAAUUCGUGAGCAUUUUGCUCAAUUUGGUCAUGUAAUAAACGUCAUUGCUAGAUACAAGGGCAUGGUAGGGUCCGCAGUGGUUGAGUUUUCUUCAUCAGAUGAAGCUGAGAAAGCCUAUCGAAGCCCCAUUCCUAUGUUUUCAAAUAGAUUUAUUCGAAUUUACACUCGUUUUCCAGAAAACUUCAAACACAAUGCUCGAAGUAUGACUAGUCGUUUCCCUCGUCCCAAGAGUAUACUGGAUCGUUUAGGAACACGACCUGUUCCUGGAAAUAACAAGAUUAAUUCAUAUUCAUGGAUGAAUAUGACGAAUGACUGUAUAGAAAAUCAACACGUUCCUGGCAGCAUUCUUCCUGAUGAUACCAUCCAAAGGGGUAAUAGAUCUCGUUGGCGUUUAGAACGUAAUCCAACCAGUGGAGAUGCCUUAUUAUCGGGUGAUGAAGAAGACGAUUUAAUUGACGAAAAUCCUACCAUAGAUAGUCAUGAACGAAAUUCUGCUACUUUCAUCAAAGAACGUAGUAAAGCUUUUAAUCAAAGAAUUGAUAAAGUAGUAGAUAAUUAUGUUGAUGUUAAUGCCGAUCAAGAGUCAUUAUUAUUUACUCGUAAUCCUGAUACAGCAAGACAAUUCAAUAAUAGUAAUAAUAUAACUGUUACGUCAAGUCCUUAUACUUUGUCGCAUAAACAAGAGGCUGAGGCAAUUCUUUGGGAGCGUCGUAAAAUGGCUGCAUUGAGACAACGUAAAGAACAACUUAUGCUUUUAGAUAAGUCUCGUGAAGCCCGAGAAUCAGUGAUUGAGGCUCGAAAACAACGAAUUACUAAACUGAAGUUGCUUCUUGAAAAAGUGAUGAGUCAGUUGGAAAAUAAUCGUACUAGCGAAACAGACAAUUGUACGGAUUCGAAAUCACUGACAUUGGAUGAAAGACGGAAAUUACUUACUGAAGCCAAACGGCUACAAACUGAGCUUGAAUCGACUUUGGAAGCUGAGAAGAAAGAUUUGGAUAUCCGAAGUUUAAACCGAGAAUCAAACAGCAAAAAAAUGUUCAUUUCAAAACCAUUAGGAAGCACAACAACUAGUGCGGCCGCAUUACAAGCUUUACCGAGUCCAAUUCGAUUAGAAAGACAAAAACAAAUUUCUGAAAUUCAAAUCGAAAUCGAUAAAUUGGAAGCAAACCUACGUGAUGCAUCUCAAGAUGAGGUUAAAUUAAAAGAAGGUCGUCGAAGGAUCGUAGAACUUAAACGCCAGCUUGUCGACUUGGAGACAGUCCGGCCAUCAGAUAUGUUUUUGUCUCAAAACACAAGCGGUUGUGCUUCCGGCGACAAUUCCGCAUACCCAAACAGAACUCAAACCAAACUUGAUAAGCGACCUCGAACUUUGUAUAUUACUGGCAUCGAACCAGAUGAUGUAGAAAACUUUCAAAAUGCCCUCUCACUAAAUUACCUGCAUACACAAUCUUGUACAAAACAAACUAACCCUGAAACUAAUCAGUUAGUACUGGAAGUUACGUUUUGUACUCGUGAUUUCGCCGAGGCAGCUAUUCGUCUGUUUACCCAGUUUCAUGGACGUGACUUACAAAUGAGUUUUGUGUAUCCAGCACUGUCCGAAACCAAAUCUGGGAAUUUUACUGAUAAUGAUGUAAAAAAUGUAAGUUCGGUUUUAGAUUGUACUUUCUUCAUUUAUAAUCAUUUAAUCACAAAUUGUAUAGAUUCUUCAAUUUUCUUUACUUAUUUGUGUAUUUUGACUUGCCUUAUCUCGAUUCUGCGUCAUUUAAUUCAUAAUAGUUUAACGUAUAUCUCUAUCAUUUUUAACAACUAUUAGGAAGACGAUUUGGGAGGUUCCAUUUAGAAAGUUAAGUAGGUAAUAUUUUGUCACGUUUAGUAUUUCGUGACGUUUGUCAUUCCAUUAUCAUUAUAAUGGUCAUUUAAUCCCAUAUUAUUAUGAAAAAUGCUUGUAGAGUAUGGAAUUUCACUUAUUCCUUAGUUGUGUGUAAAUCAAAUCAUUUUCUUCAGUCGAAUUCCGUUCAUUUAUUUUUAUUUUUAAAACUUCGAAGGUGAUUUCGUUGUUUAUCCUCGAUAAUUAAAUAUAUUUUAAAAUAAUUGUCCUUCAGAGUGUUUUGUAAUAGGGUCUUAAGGUUGUCAUACUAUUUUUCGUGGUGUGGUGUGUUUUAAUUUGAACAUUUCAUUUAACAAAUCGAACGAUUCGCAUUACUAACCUAUGUUCCUCAUUAUUAGGUUUCGUCCACACAAACUGAAACUUCAGAUCAACUACAAGCUAUCACAUCUUCAGAGUCUUUGGAUUAUUCUGUUCAUUCCAGCCCUACAUCUACUACUGCUCUGAAUACCAUGUCCUUAUGACUGACAUCCAGUUCCCUAUCGGAAUAUCGCUAGUGAUUUGUGUAGAAAGAAAUAACGUUCCUCAUGCGAUAUCUUACGACAAUAACGUUUUCCUUGAGAAAAAUAUAUUUUAUUUAAACCUUUUCUACUUCAAAAGUUUUUUCAUUGUUUGGCUAUGUACACACUGUUUCUUAGUAAUGAGUUGAGUAUCAACUGACCUUAAUUUCUAUGAAAGUGAUAUAGUAGAUUCUAUCAAUAAACCCACUAUUCUCCUUUUGC